AUUAUCAACAUAAACUCACAAAUGUCACUUGCAUUCAAUAAUAAUUUAACAAAAAUAAACACUUUUACUACAUUAUUCUGUAAUAUUGUACAGCAUCUGCGCCGUUUUAAAUGAUUGUUUAUAAGAAUCUAUUAAGAUGAAGGAGGAAGAACUUAAAUAUGUGCUUCGAUUACUGGACCAGCUAAAUGUGGCUAUAUAUCAGGAAAUACUUCAAUUUCAUCAUGACAUAGAAGAAUCAAAACAACCAAAAAACUUCUCAGAUGAAGUGUUUGAUUUCCUAAAGGCCAAUUUGAAAGAGAACCCAGUCACUACAGCUUUUGUUCUUACAUACAUAAAAAAAAAUGCUGCCAAAAACAAAUACAACUUGAAUAAAAUACAAGCUAUUUGUUUGGAAGUAUUAAAAAAUGAGAUUCAUGAUGUGAAUUCGACAGAGAAAUUAAUAACGUUAAUAUCUCUGGUGAAGUGGGACGAUAAUUAUAUGCCUCUGUUUGUUAAUCAAAUACUUAAACAUCUCUGUGAAGAUAAUUAUAGGCAGUAUAGGAAACAAUUACUGUUGACAUUAGUACCACACAACAAGCCUGAACUAUUGAAUGUAGCAGCAGAGUUAAUGCAUAAAAAUGACCCACAUAAAGAAUUCAAAUUGACACCAGAGUAUAUGCUCGAACUAUGUUAUCAAGACAAAACACAUUGGCUUCUAAAAGCUGCUCAAGUUUACAAACACCAACUGCAUGACUUGAAGAAUGUUACCUUCAAAAUAAACAAUUUUACAAAACAAAUACUUAUUAUGGUCCUGAUAGAUUUGACUAACAGUCCCGAGACCUUUGAUUUACCAUCUCUGGUACAUCAGUUAACUAAUAUAUUUUCCAUUCUUGAAACUUACACAACAACUGAUGGCCAGUUACAGUUUUAUAUUACGGAAGUGAAAAGAGAGUUGACCAUCAUAAAGUUUUGUUUGGAAAACAAUUGUAAAAUAAUGACUACAUCUAUUUUCAGCCAAGUUCUAGCACAGAGCGCAUUAGCUGUGAUAUCCCAAGUGUGUAAACUCUCAAAAAUAGACAGGUAUAAGGUUUCGAGGCUUUUGAACACAAAUAAUGAUUUUAUAAAUGAACUGACAGCUUUAAGUAACAAAAAAGAUAAUAUCAGAAAAGAAGAUGGCGUGGUUAGUUGGGAUAUAUCCACUUACAACAGUUAUUGUGCUAUAACAAAAGUAAUUGACACAAUAUUAAAUUCUUCUGAGACUUCAGAGAGUGCCGAGGACACAACGACGUCUCUAGACGACAUCAAACGACUUGUACUGUCUAUACAACCUUUGCAAUUUUGUAUCGAAGUUAUAGAGAAUAUUUUCUCAUGCCUUUUUUUGAGAUACGAAUAUUUCUCGUGUUAUGCUGAAUACAAUCAAGAAACAACAUGUGGAGCUCAUUCGGAAUGUUCGUAUUUCUAUUCAAAAAAGCAGAACAGAAACAUUAGCAACAACAAUGGCAACGCAGGCUUCAUGUGUAAUGCAUUUACAACGCAAAUUGUCCUGAACACCUUAAAACUGUGUUUAGAGAAACUAGAAGAGCGUAUAAACAUGGACGAAAUAGAUCAUAGUUUGAACUUGAGAUUCAAGCAUUUAAUGAAGGUGGUGAAUCAUUCAAUAUGGAAACUGCAAUUGGUGUCUACACUCUCUCCUGAUAGUAGUCCGUUACGUUUGAAAUUGUGCUUGGAUUACGUUGAAGUAGAUGAAAGCAGUGAUGAUGAAUCUCGAGAGCUGGAUUUCAAACAUUUAAGAAAGAAGCCAAAGACUAAGAGACGGCAUACUAGUCCCAAGCAUGAUGUGAAUCAAGCGAUGCUUGCGUCCACAAUAUCUGCAACUGAUGAAUCUUACAUGUCUUCUGGCAGUAAUGGCAUUGAUUUUACAUCGAUAAUGCUGGCUAAACCCACUUGUUUAGUGGCAUUAGCUUUGUACCACAACGAUUUUCCUAAAGCAAACCAAAUAUUAGAGAUGUUCGAUUUAGCAGAUUCAGAAAUUGCUACCGAAGUAACGUUUACCGAACAGCUGCGUAAUCUUGUAGCGAAAAUAAAAAAUAUUAUUUAUUAUAGAGACGAUACUCGCUAUCCUACCAAAGAAUUGUCCGCUUUAUCUGUCGUAUCUACUGAAGUAAUGGGACUAGUAGAGGGAUUUUUAGCGUCAAACAGAGCUCCAAAUUCUUUCGAUAUUAUGGAACUAGGCGCUCGGCAUCCUCACCUACAAUUAUACAAUCAUCAAAACGCACCAUUUAUUAACGCCGUGGACAUCCUGCUUAGCAGCGGUCUUAACAGAGAAAUAACUUACGGACUCAUCAACGUUGUUGAAAGAAAACUGGCCGAAGUCAGAAGCUGUACCGAUAUCGCUGCUGUUAAGAAAACUAACUACAUCCGAUUCGUUGAGGACAUUGCAAGUGUUACUUUCGAAAUAUUAGGCAACACAGAAAAAUCGUUUGAUUUUAUAGACAAUAUUUGCGGACUUAUAAUCGACUGCCGAAUACCGAUCAGACACAAGGAGUUUUGCAAGUUGAACCAACUUGCGAAAGAAUUGAAGCAAGCCUGUGAAGACUUGGACGAUGUUGUAAAUCCAAAUGAAACAGCAGAACUAGAUUCAAACUUGCUGCAGAAGUACCACCAGACAUACAUGAAUGUUGUCGCCGCGUCUGACAAAGAUAUUUGCAACGUGGCAGAAGUGUCCCGGCAAGGAACUAAGAAGACAAGAAUCCCAUACCUCAGAAUGUGUUAUAUGUAUUGUAAGACCGUGUCGCAGUUAGAGCAGGAAGACAACCGCUCGACAGAUUCUGGAGCAGAUGCCCCAUACUUUUAUGUCUUGGAAAAGCAACUCCAUGAUAUAUUCGGCAACAUGAUCAAUAACAAAGAAAUUCCAGUUACGUAUUUGGAACCGAUAUGCAAGAAAUUAAAUGUCAAUCUGAUACCAAAACUGAUAUUGAACUUCUGUCCGUCUAUAACAUUAUCAGGUUCUUUGAAUGAGGCAAAUGAAGUUAAUUUUAACAAUUUACUUCAUGUCGUAUAUGAUUUCAAAAACCCGGAGGAGAAUUUGUUUAUUGAUCCAGUGACAAAUUUUGCUCCUUUACCCCGAUCGCCAGAACCACAAUGCCUGACCUACAUUGUUUUACAUAACUGGGUUUUGGCACAUAUAAUUAAGAAAAUCCACAUUUCACCCAACGAGAGCAGCUUACAACAAAGUAUGGACGCGCGCACCAAGUGCUUAAAUAACUACAUGGAACUAAAUCGAUUCAACUAUACCAAAAGUUUGUUCGGUAAUAAUAAAUACUUGGCAUCAUUACAUACAACAGUAGAUCUCAACAAAUUGUUCUUGUUCAUGCCUGAAAUGCUAGAUUCGGGGAAAAUUCUGAAGUGUUUAACAAUAAUCGAUUCACUAUCCGAAAGGCAGUUAACGUGCAGCGCAAAUCUCAGCAAUUUGAGAGACUUGGUAUUGUUUAAGUUAGCGACGAAUCCAAAGAUUAAUCAGAAUUGGAAAUACUGCCAAUAUCUGAAAUGUUCAGAACUGAAAGUGGAUUUAAUAUUAAACAAUCUUAAUUGUUGGCCAGCUGAUGGUGCCUUAGAAGUGUUAGAUUAUUUGCGAUUCUUAUUAAACCAGGAAGGUAUGGAGGAAGGUCUAUACGAAAAAUGCUCUGACUGGAUGACCAAAAUACCACUUUAUGACCAGAUUGCGACUAUAAUGGGCCUAAAUCACUGGUACGCUGUGUACGAAAAGUCUAUUGAAAAUCCAGAAAGUAUUAUCGAAGUGCUGAUGGAUAGUCAGCAGUUUAAGCUCUGCUUGGAGUGGGCUGACGUGCACGAAGUUUCGGAAAACAUGAAAAAUUUAAUUGUCAUGAAUCUAUUACGACAGCUAUUUGAGUAUAGAAACCAAGCCACUCCUUCCUUAGUGAAGGAACUUCUCUUAAGGCUUCCCUCGACACAAGCCUUAGAUUUGAUACAAGAUGAAAUGUCCAAUGUCAAGAACGUCGAUAUACUUCAAGUCUGUGUGGAUUUUAUAUCUGAUUACUCUUUCGAUUGGAAGUCCUUCGAAAACAUCAAAGUCGGUCUUCAGAUAAUGCUUGAGAUCGAUCCCAACUGGCGGCACUUGUUCUGGGAUUUAAUAGAGCAUCCCCUACUGAUGAUUGAACAGUUUCUGAUGAACGCAAAAUUAGAUUUGCUCACAAACAUUAUUAAUAAAGUAGUACCCCAUUUAAAAAAGGACUCAAAUGGUGAUAAUCUUUAUUACAACAUCAAAGUUAUUGAAUCAAUAGUCAUAUCUCGUAAUGCAGUGGAUGCGUUACUUCGAUUCUAUGCCGAAAAGGCUCUGGAUAUGAAGAACCCGAGAAACGUCUGCCCUCCGCCGCAGAAGCUUUCCGACGAUUUGCUGCUUCAGUCCAUCGAUUCAAUAAAUAUCGAAGCGGCGAACAAGCCAUUCGUGAUGCCUGAGCAGGUGCCUCCAAAGGAUCAGUGGACUGAGGACUACUCGACUGACAGAUGUAUGAUGUGUCGCACAUCAAUAUUUUCAAUGAUUAUCAGGCGACAUCAUUGCAGGCGAUGCGGAAGACUGGUGUGUCAUGCGUGCUCCAGGAAUAGGAUGCAGGUGCCAACAUACCCAAGCGGCGUCAAGUUCCGCGUCUGCGAUGACUGCUACACACAGACCAUGAAUCGAAAAGCUCAGUCACACAGCCAAAACCUGAUGUCGAGCAGUAGCAGUGACUCGGCGGGCAGCGGCGUCACGUGCAUGGACUGGUGUCUGUCGACUAAUGCUAAGAGGAACGAGGCAGUCAGAGCUGAGUUCAGCUAUGAGUUCACGCCUAAUGUCACUCUUUGCCUGUCCAUUAUGAAAAUGCAUUCUAUCAAUUUGGAUUAUCCGAGGUUCUUAUUAGAUCGCAGCGAUGAAGUGGCGCGCGAGCUGUCGAACGGCGGCGACGCUCGGCUGUUGGUGCGAGCGAGGCGCUCCUUGUUACUCGCCGCCGCGGAACUGUACUCACGGACAUCGCACGACAACGGGUCGCGGCAGGCGGUGGCGGAGACGGGCGCGGCGCACGCGGCGCGCUGCCUGGCGCACGCGGACGCCAUGGCCACGCUCGUCAAGCACCAGGCGCACCACCUCAUACCGCAGCAGGGCGCGCAUGCCAGUCAAAUAGUACGUUCACUAUUAGAAGCAGAAAAAUGGGAACUGGCGCUAGAGAUCGCAACCAAAUCAGGACUUCCACGCAACAGCGUUUUGGCAGCAUGGGGCAAGGCGUGUCUUAAGGCGGGGUGUUUCAAACAAGCGCGGGAAAAGUUCGCUCUGUGCUUCAAAAAGACCAUGAACGUGUCUUCCGACAUGCCAGAAGAUUGUGAGUACGGGCGUGAGGCCUCGGAGUCCCACUUUGUGAAUAGACGGAUGCAAGGUAUGAGGUAUUCCGAGAGUUCGGUGUCAAGCGUACAGUCGGACGGGCGGCCGCGGUCCAACCUGCCGUUGCUCAACGAGAUCAUAAGCAUCUUGGAGGACAUGAACUACCCCGUCAACCAGCAGUUGCUGCAUAAGGCUGAGACGUUGAAGACGACGAACGAAAAGCUUGCAAUUAUGAACACAAGCAGAAAGAAAAUACAGCUAACAGAACCUGCUCUGAACAUAAUGCACACUCUAGCAAGCGUGAAGAAGAUAAAGCAAGGAGAUUAUAGUGACUUCCAAACUGCCACGGUUCAGCCCAAGAAGAGCCUCGCCCAAGGACUGCUUCGACGAAACAACAAUCACGUAGAACAGAAAAUCGACUAUUCACUGAAACGACUCGACCCGUUUUUCUACAAAGAAUGUAUUUAUUAUCUAAGCAAUUAUGGAUCUCAAGUAGCUAACAUAGCAUUUUAUAUGAAGCAUAGUGAUUUGACUGAAGUUCUAAGGUACUGUUACGAUACCAUUGUUGACAAGGAAACGUUCACCGAGUCUGUGUACAUGGAGUGCUUGAGGAAGGACAAAGUCAAUGAAUUGUUCAAGGCAAUGAACGAUAUGGACAAUACGUUAGAUAUGUGGUCGGACUAUAUAAUGCACAUAUGCCGCACGCUGGAGAUGAACAAGCGCCUGGAGGCGCUGUACGCGGUGCAGGUGGCGUCGGGGCAGCACGCGCGCGCGUCCGCGAGCUGCGCGCUGCUGUACUCGCGCCCCGUGCCCGCCGCGCCCGCGCACGCGCCCUUCGCCGCGCUGCACGCCCGCCACCACCACCUCGCCGACGCGCUGCACCAUCUGUCGCAGUGCGUGCCGCUCUCUACUAGAACCAGCGACACAAAGUCUUUCCAUUUCAACCUGGACAAGGCAACCAUAGACAACCUUAUGACGACGAUAACGCGUCAGAUGGAGCUCGCCAAGUAUUUAGCAGUGUGUGAAGCGAACGGCCGACUGACGGAGAAGGUUGUCAACGAUGUGAUACCGAUGCAGAACACACGGAAGGAGUCAGAGAGCGGCGACUUCAGGCCUCUGACGCUGUUCGGAUCGACCACAGACAAGAUCAGGCUGGUGGCUGUCGUGUUGGCGACGGGACAGAACAUUGAGACUGGAUUUGAGCUGGCCUUUAAAAUCAUAACCGAGCACAAGCUGGACUCAAUGAACAUUUAUAUCCACGUAGCCAAAUAUUUAGUGCAAGUCGACAGGUUUACAGGUAAAACCUUGGCCAAGUGCAUACGUGCGUCUAAAGAAACUGCUUCUAGUCUGAUGAGUGAUCAAGUGCUGGAGUCAGGAGUGAGCGCGGUGGUGAAGCGCUGCGAGUCGCGCGGACAACUGCACGACGAGCAGGCAGAGAUACUCAUUAACGAUAUAAACAGUGUUACCAUAAAGAUAUCAUGUUACCUUGUAUGUCGGAACGUAAGCAGUGCAUAUAUACUGGCGGCGCGCAAUGACAGAACCAACGAUCUGCGCCGGGUUCUGCAGGAGGCCGAGCGUCUCGGAAACGACCAAGUCAGAAACGCUUGUCUCAAGAGACUCACCUCCAAAAAUGUUUUAUAGUCACAAUAUAAUUUGCAAUUGUUUUUGAAUUGUAGAUACUGAUUUAACAUGUUAAAGUGAACAGUCAUUAUUUGUGUUAGAUCCUAUUAAGUCGCCAAAUGACAAAAUUUUGUAGGUAGCUUCAGGUCCCUAGGGUUCUGUGUAUUUGCUAUAAAAACCCAUUGCUAUGGUGGUCAUUAGUUUGGUGAUGAAGGCUAAGCUGGUGUGAAUAUAAAUCCUGUUAUUUGGGUGAUGCUAGAGUGGAAAACUGGACAAUUGACAGUGAUACUUAUUAUAAUCAUUGCAUAAAACAUAGAUUAUAAUAAUUAGUAAUAAUAAUAUUCAUAUUUCAGAAAUAAAAAACAAAUACAGCUACAGCAUAUGCAGUGUAACAUUAAGUUUACUAUUUGAAAAGCAAACUAUAAAAUCGCAAUUUUAUGUGCUUCCAUUUAUUAUAUCCGUCUAGAUUGUUUCAUUUGUUUUUAUUUAAAAGAAAUCAUUUGUUUUUUAUUAUUUAUUAUGUUACUAAAGUUAUAAAUUAAUAGGUGAUAUCAGAAUAUUAUUUGUGAAAAUGUGUUUAUAUUCUCUGAUUAUUUGUUAAAGUGUAUACUGGUAAAAUAAUAUAUGUGGUGCUAAAAUUUUUGUAUAACUAUUUUGAUGUGUAAUGUAUAAUGACUUGUCCAUGUCACCUGUCACGAUAAUGCUGGAUAAAACAAAUGCUAGUAAAAUAGGCCAGUAGUGAACUACGCAAUAUGUUAAGUAUCACUGAAAAUACACUUCUCGCCUAAUUGUGAUAAUCUUUAAUGACAAUUUCUUUUUAUGUCAAAGCACAUAAUUUCCCUUACAAGCAAAUAUAAAUAAAUAGAUGCCAGUAUUAUAAUUAUUUGAGUAUUGGGUGACACAAAAUGUAUUAUCAUUUUAUGUUUUAUUGUAUGUAAAAUUGCCUUACAAAUUCUAUUUUUAUAUUGCGGUAUAAUGUAUUAAGAUCUUAAACCUUCAAUUUGUAUUAGCUGAAUGAUAUUGGUCUCAUUAUGAUGUGAUAUUCCGAGUUGUUAUCAUGGAAAUAAACUAUUAACAUUUU